CACACUGCAUUCGCACAACGGUUGCCCUUCAAGCUGCCCAGAAUGCUACUAACACCAGUGUGAUUGCAUUUGAUCUAAUCUCCGACGAUCGCUACAAGCCGGGGAUCACUUGUAGGUUCGAAGCGGUGCAGUACAGACGUUUAUUAGCAUUAGAACCUUCCUUCCGUCACGAUCUAAUUAGAUUCGUCUGCUGUGGGAGCUUUUGGAACAGAAUAAUGUUCGCUAGACUUGGAACGCUUCUCCUACUCUUUGGUUUGUUGGGGCUGGUGUCUCACACAACUGGUCAGGAGAAUCGUCUAACGUGUGGCAGACGACGGGUGAAAUCGGUCUAUCUCAUCCACAAUGGCAUCGAUGCUAAGGCCGGUCAUUGGCCGUGGCAUGCUGCCAUCUUUCAUCAAAAUGUCGGCAGAAGUGACUAUGCCUGCGGAGGAUCCGUUCUUGAUGAGAACACUAUUCUCACAGCUGCACACUGUGUACAUACCAGAAGAGGGUUGCUCCCUGCAAAUCGAGUAAUGGUGUACGUAGGACGCAUCCAUCUCGAGGAAGAGGGCGAAUCGACUCAAACGCACAGUGUUCAGGAGAUAGUAGUUCAUCCGAAGUUUAGUAGAACGAGCAUCAUGAACGACAUUGCUCUUUUGAAGCUGUCAACCAACAUCACGAUGACGAAGUACGUGCAGCCCGUCUGUCUGUGGACGAUGGACAGUAACCAGGAGAUGAUCGCAGGCCGAAACGGGACAAUCGUUGGAUUCGGCCUAAAUGAACACGAUGAAGUAUCCAAGCAGCUGAAGCAAGCGCUGAUCGGUGUUGUGGAUGCGUUGACAUGCAUCGCGAGCGAUCGUUCAGUGUUCGGAACUCAUCUGACCUCGGAUAUGUAUUGCGCCAAAGGACAGACGGGCGUUAGUGCGUGCAAUGGGGACAGUGGUGGCGGUAUGUUCUUCGAAGUGGGGGGCAAAUGGUUCGUGAGGGGCUUGGUUUCGUUUACUCCGCUGCGCGGUAAUACGAGCAUUUGCGAUCCGUUGAAGUACACCGCGUACACCGAUGUGGCAAAGUAUCUGGGAUGGAUAACCCAAUACGUGGACCAGCGCGUACUAACGUUCGAGACCGACGUGCUGGAGAUAGAUUACGAGGAAAAGCUACGGCUCUUCAACUUCAACAACUGUGGCGUAAAGUCUUCUACGUAUGUACGCGAUGGAAGUAACUGGACAUUGCCAUGGCUUGGGUUUGUCCGAGCAGCGAACGAAUUCUACUCGAGGUGCGUAGUGACACUCAUAAGCGAAUGGUAUGCCGUAGGUCCAGCGCUGUGCUUCGAAAACGACGGUGUUGAGGCAUUUGUGUUAGUAGGAAACGGAUACGAACAGACCAAACCUGAGUGUUUCGAUCGCAACGGAACGACGCUCUGUACCGAAACAACGCAACGGUUGCGCAUCCAGCGUGUGAUCAUCCAUCCCAAGUUUGGCACCAACAAUUCGGCGGACAAUAUCGCUCUGAUUGAGUUCCUGAGCCCGGCAGACAUCACGCAACCGAAUGUUAAACCUAUCUGCGUGCCCGUAACGUCCAAUCUGAGGGCUAACCCGAAAACGAAUUUAAAUGUCGCCUCCAUUUCCAGGGUGGAUCAGUCGUACAAAAACAUCCCGGUCAGCUAUAUGGAUUCCGUUGAGUGUAUGCGUCAGUACGCCGAUCGCAAUAUCACAUUAAACCUCGAAGAGAAAAGACUCUGUGCGACGAUAGCAAACAGAGAGGACGAACAAAAUUGCAACGCCCUAAUCGCUGGAGCGCCGCUUCAAGAGGCGAAAAGGUUGGACCAGAAGGAGCAAUACUUCCUGCGAGGGUUCGAGCUGCUUGGUUUGGCCUGUAACUCGCAGGCACCUCCCGUCUACAAUAACCUGGAAACAUACCUGGACUGGAUACUGUACAACAUGCGCUAUAACGAACCGGACGUUGUGGACACGAAGGGAGAUUUUCCCGCCAACGAUACGCUGGAAUCGCACUGGGCGAAACUUCAGCUGGAACCGGGAAAUGAAAAGCUGCGCCUGUUUAACAUGAGCUCUUGCGGGGUAACUACAAGCAGAAAUGAAGCCGUAGGCCAGAUCACUAUCUUUCCCUGGGCGGUGCUGGUAUUUGGUGUGCAUGGCUUAAACAGCGCCGACAUCCAAGUCCACGGUAUGGGAGUUUUGAUAAGCGAAUGGUACUUUCUGACCAGCGCGCAUGUUGUGCAACAGAAAGCAACGUGGCGCUAUGUUGCACUCGGAUUGUACAACGUAUUGCUGCAAUCGGAAUGUGUGGGCGAUGAUUGCUUCCGACAUCAGGAAGCUGUAAUUCGACGCGUUAUCGUGCAUCCGAACUACGGGAAGGACCCGAGAAACAAUAACAUUGCCCUGGUGGAGCUUCAAUUCCCGGCCAACUUUACGAACCCGCACAUAGGCCCCAUAUGUAUGCCGUUUGUCAAGGAACUUCAGAAAAGUAAGCCCCUGAAUCUGGUGGUGACGUCGGAGGAGUACUUUGACCUGAGAAGCAAGCAGCUGACGGAGCUAGCUCCAUCCGCCUGUCAACGACAGUUGGCUCAGGAAGGUUUCCUAACCUCGGCCAAGAACGUGCCGUGGUGUGCCGUGGAUUCGGACAAUCGCGGUCAAUCGCCACUCAUGUUGAAUGCAGGCGCUGCCCUGCAAGCGUUGCUGCAGUUCGAUGACCAGCAGCUUUAUUUUCUACGCGGCGUCAACUUGCGCAAUAACUUGCCCAAUGAGCUGCCAUACCUUCCGGAGCUGUUUACCAAUGUCGAUCGAUUUCUCGACUGGAUAGUGGACAACAUGCAGUUUAAGGAGCUCGAACCGCUGUGGCCUACUGCAACAAAGGGCAGUGUGACGUCUAGAGAAGUGCGCUUGAAACCGAUCAAACACGCCGAAAAGAGGCGAUUGUUUAACUUCACCGACUGUGGAAGAAUGUCAGUGUCGAACGAAACGAUGGACAGCAACAUCAUUCCAUGGAUGGGGUAUUUAGCUUCGGACCAAACACAUCUCAAUGCUACCAAAGACACGAGGUGUGCCGUUACUUUAAUCAGCGAAUGGUACGUGGUCGGUUUGGCGGUUUGCUUUAGCAGCAAUAGCACGGAGUAUUCUGUACUGUUUGGCAUUAACAGUGUCCACGGUCUGAAGGAAUGUACCGAAUGUGUCCAUCCCACGCAAACAAUUCCAGUGCAAAAGAUCAUCAUCCAUCCACGGUACAGCAACUCCGACUAUGACAACGACAUAGCGCUAGCAAAGCUAGCAAGACCCGUCGACACAUCCAGGCCACACGUGAAACCAAUCUGCCUUCCGUUGAUGGAUGAAGUUCGCAGCUAUGAUACAUCCAGUUUAGUGGCAGUUUCUGAAAAUGAAGAAGGCUCCCACUAUCUACUAGCCCCGAUAGACGAUCGCUACGUGGAUUCCACCGAGUGUCAGAAACGUUGGGUCGAAAUGGGACUCGAGUUUGCCAUAGAAAACGUGAAAAUAUGUGCCCAGCUUGAAAGAGCGCCCAACAAUGAGUGUUUCGAUCUGCUGACUGGUGCCUCACUACACACGAUUCAGCCGAUCAACACAGAGGACAGACACUUUUUGCGUGGCAUUUUGGAGAUCAAAUCGAAAGUUUGCUCUUCGUACUUCCCGUUGGUUUAUGUUGAUACAGAUGUGCAUCUAGACUGGAUACUGGCAAACAUGGAAGACACUAGCUAUCCCCUUGGAUUGUCUUAUGACCUGAGAGAGAAACUUAUUUUUAUUCAGAAAUAGAGGGAUGUGUAAUGGGUUUCUCAGCACAACCUCAACAAAUGGUUUACAUACUUGAAAUCCCAAUAAAAGCCGGUUUACGAUUGCAACAUUA